UAACACUGAGGCUCUUCUCUCGAACCUUCGGUGCCCUUAAACCCUUCCUCCCUUCGUCUUAAACCCUGUACCGCGCUCUUCCCAUUCCACGGGUUGAGAAGACAGAGAGAGAAAGUAUGUAUCGGCGUGCUGUUGCUUCCCUCUCGUCGGCUCUCAGGCCGCAUUGGCGAAAACAGGUGGAUAGUUCCACUUUAUGGAGAAGAAAUUAUGCCGCAAAGGACAUCAGUUAUGGCGUUGGAGCGAGGGCAGCAAUGCUGCAAGGAGUCCAGGAGGUCGCCGAUGUCGUGAGAGUGACAAUGGGUCCUAAGGGCAGGAACGUGAUUAUUGAGAGGGAAAAGGGCAGCCCGAAGGUGACCAAAGACGGCGUAACGGUUGCAAAGAGCAUACAAUUCAAGGACAGAGCCAAAAAUGUUGGUGCUGAUCUUGUUAAGCAGGUUGCAAAAGCUACAAAUUCUGCUGCUGGAGAUGGCACCACCUGUGCCACCGUCCUUACGCAGGCAAUACUGGCUGAGGGAGUCAAGUCAGUGGCAGCUGGCAUCAAUGUCAUGGACCUGCGUCAUGGUAUUAAGAUGGCCGUUGAUGCUGUCAUUUCCCACCUAAAGAGCAAGGCUCUAAUGAUUAGUACACCUGAGGAAAUCACUCAGGUGGCAACAAUAUCAGCAAAUGGUGAAAGGGAGAUUGGAGAAUUGAUAGCAAGAGCAAUGGAGAAAGUUGGAAAAGCCGGAGUUAUCACUGUCUCUGAUGGUAAUACAUUACUUAACGAGUUGGAAGUGGUAGAAGGGAUGAAGCUAAGCAGAGGUUAUUUAUCACCAUACUUUGUUAACGAUCAGAAGACUCAGAAAUGUGAACUAGAUAAUCCCCUCAUCCUUAUUUAUGACAAAAAAAUAAAGGACAUGGAUGUGAUGGUGAGGAUAUUGGAGUUAGCAUUGAAGAAGCAAAGACCUCUUUUGGUUCUGGCUGAGGAGUUGGAAAGUGAUGUCCUAGCUAUGCUUGUCCUGAACAAGCAUCGUGCUGGUAUAAAGGUUUGUGCAGUUAAAUCUCCCGGAUUUGGUGAUAACAGGAGGGCAAAUUUGCAAGAUCUGGCCAUAUUUACUGGUGGAGAGGUUGUUUCUGAUGAACUUGGUAUGAAUCUUGAGAAAGUCCGGGUUGAAAUGUUGGGUACUGCUAAAAAGGUUACCGUCUCUCUAGAUGAUACCAUUAUUCUUCAUGGUGGUGGUGAUAAGAAGUUAAUUGAAGAAAGAUGUGAGCAGCUGAGAACUGCAAUGGAGAAAAGUACUGCAGCGUUUGAUAAAGAGAAAGCCCAGGAACGACUUUCAAGGCUAUCUGGAGGUGUUGCCGUUAUUAAGGUUGGUGGAGCGAGUGAAGCUGAAGUUGGGGAGAGAAAGGAUCGGGUUACAGAUGCACUAAAUGCUACGAGGGCAGCGGUGGAAGAGGGUAUUCUUCCAGGUGGUGGUGUAGCACUCUUGUAUGCUUCAAGGGAGUUGGAUAAGCUCCAAACUUCAAAUAGUGAUCAGUUAGCAGGAGUUGAAAUAAUAAAAAAUGCGCUGAAGAUACCUGCCUUCACAAUUGCUAAAAAUGCUGGUGUUGAUGGAUCGCUGGUCGUUGGUAAACUGUUGGAACAAGAUGACUUAAAUAUGGGUUACGAUGCUGCUAAAGAUCAAUAUGUUGAUAUGGUUAAGGCCGGAAUUGUUGAUCCACUCAAGGUUAUCAGAACUGCCUUAGUGGAUGCUGCUAGUGUUUCUUUGUUGUUGACAACAACCGAGGUAGCUGUUCUGGAACUCCCUGAUGCAAAAUCCUUCAAUCCUCGAGCAGGCAUGCCUUCACCAGAUGAUUAUGAUCUUUAAUGACCUCCACAAAUGAUAUUUUCUACGAUGAGAAUUUGGAUUUGAGCACGAGAGCAGGAAUUGGAAUUUUUCGGCUUUGAUAAGUGUCAACUAAUCACCUGGUUUUCCAAUGUGAAGCACAGUAACGUGGGUCGUGUGUGUGUUAGAUUGGUUGGUGAGAGGAACCGUUGGCUGAUCCUUGUUGAUGGCUCCCUAUGAAAUCUCGGGAGAAGUAUGGGCAGUGAUUGAUCCACUGCCCAUUUAUUACUUGGGCAGAAUCCAUUUAGGUUCAUGUACACUUUUAAACGCUGUAAUCGUAAUCAUUAAUGGAGACACCAGCAAUUUCAUGGUUGCCUUUUA